GUUUGUCCCGCCAGUUGCUCAUAUUGGCCUUGCAGCGGCGCGCGAGAGCAUGAGUAGACGAGAGGGUGCCCGCGCACGCGCUAUUAUUGUUUUGACUGAAAAUGCCGUCGGUUUCGAAAACGGCGGCUAGCGCGUCUCCUCAAACCGAGAAACCAACCCACUAUACAUAUUUGAAGGAGUUCAGGACCGAGCAGUGCCCACUGUUUUUGCAGCACAAAUGCACACAGCAUAGACCCUUUACGUGUUUCUACUGGCAUUUUCUAAAUCAGCGAAGACGGAGACCCAUACGAAGAAGAGAGGGGAUUUUUAAUUACAGCCCAGAUGUAUAUUGCACGAAGUAUGAUGAAACAACAGGAAUAUGUCCCGAUGGAGACGAUUGCCCUUACUUACACCGGACCACCGGUGACACAGAGCGCAAGUACCAUUUACGCUACUACAAGACCGGCACCUGCAUCCAUGAGACAGAUGCUCGUGGACAUUGUGUGAAGAACGGCCUCCACUGCGCCUUCGCUCAUGGACCACACGACCUUCGGCCACCAGUUUAUGAUAUCAGAGAGAUCCAGGCACAGGAAGCUCUGCAGAACGGCCAGUUGGGAUCUGGGGAGGGAAUUCCUGACCUGCAGCCGGGUGUGCUGGCCAGUCAGGCCAUGAUUGAGAAGACCUUGAAUGAGGACCCACGCUGGCAAGACACCAAUUUUGUUUUGGCCAACUAUAAAACCGAGCAGUGCACCAAGCCUCCACGUCUAUGCAGGCAGGGCUAUGCCUGUCCCCACUAUCACAACAGCAGAGAUAGGAGAAGAAAUCCCAGAAAGUUCAAAUACAGGUCGACGCCCUGCCCGAGUGUAAAGCAUGGCGAUGAAUGGGGUGAACCCUCCAAGUGUGAGAGUGGGGACAGCUGUCAAUACUGCCACUCCCGCACCGAACAGCAGUUCCACCCAGAGAUUUACAAAUCUACGAAAUGCAACGACAUGAGGCAAACUGGAUACUGUCCAAGGGGUCCAUUCUGUGCUUUUGCACAUGUGGAAAGAAUUCCUUCCACAGAGGAGACUAUGAGCACGCUGCUCACAGCAAUGCAGUCGUGUUCUCAGUCCAAGCUGGGCUCUCCGCAAUAUCCAGAGUGUCCAGUCAACGAGUGGAGUGGCAACAUGAAUUCCAUCAUCAGCAGCGCCAGUAACAAUGGCCAGACAGGAAACGUAUCGUGCUCUAAUAGUCCAACUGUAACACCAGGCUCAGGAAGUUCUUUGUCCCCAAUUGGACCCAUCAGCAGGCCAAAAUGCUUUACUAAUGGUAGCUUUUGUGCAGAGUCCACCACGUCCAGUGUUUCCUCUCCGACGUCUAACUAUCCCAAAGCUCCGGGUUUUGAACGGGAGGAUCAGGCAAAGAACCAGAAGAGCCAGUCUGGGGAAAAUAAUCAAAAGUUAAUGGACCAAGACAAGCAGGCUCAUAGCAAUGUGUUCUCAGUGGUGAACCCAUUAGCGUCCAGCAUAACAUCAAGCAUCACGUCCAGCUUGGCCUCAAGUAUCGGAUCUGACAGUUCGUCACCCACCACUUUAUCAACCAUGAAUGCAAAAGCCACGCCUUUCUAUCCAGGCAGCAAUACUGUGGAGUCAGUAAUAGGAUCUGCACUUGACCUGAAUUUUAGUGACAUCAAUGUUGCCUCCCUUGACAAAGAGCUAGAGGACCAAGACAACAAUGGCCUUGUUUUAACAAGUCAGAGGUUAUUAGGAGGCUCUGCUCCUGUCAAUAUUCCUGGCUCUCUGGCUCGGUCUUCCUCUCUGCAUUCCUCAUCGUCUCUAUCUGCCUCCCCGCUCAGCUCUCUGUCUCAAUCCCUGUCCCAGUCUCUCCUCACUGGAAUGGCCUCCCAGCAGAGCCAGCCACAGGCACCACCUGUUAAAACCGAGCACGGCCUUCUAGGAACACCCACAUCUGCGCAGAACUCCUUGGGUCUGAAUGGCGGGGCAGGGGGAAUAUGGGACUUUAUGAGUGGCAGCUUCUCUCCCAGCCCGUCUCCAGUGUUCAGCAGCCUUACUUCCAGCACGGUCGGCUCCAGCAGUGCAGACAUCGGCCGGCUCCUCCGAGAACUGGAUGAAGCCAAGCGUAAGAUAAAGCAAUGGGAGGAGGCCUGGCACCAAAUCAAACAGGCCUGCGAAGCGUGGCAGAAAGAUGCUCAUGAAGCGAAGGAGCAAGCUAAAUCAGCAGAGGCGGAGCGGCAGCUGGCGGAGCAGAAGCGGGAGGACACCGAGCGCAAGCUGAAGGAACUGCAAGGAGACUUAAAAAUGUUGUGUCGCUCCCCCAACACGCCCCUCCUGCGCAGCUACGGCGAGCUGGACCAGCUCCCCCUGCCAAAGCUCCGCUCCAUCCAGAGCCAGCUGCGCUCUGACCUAGACCUCAUAGACGGGGUAAUAUAUCAGCUUCAGUCAAAGAAAUGUAUAGUUUGCCAAAAGCAUGAUCGUUCCAUUGUCCUGCAGCCUUGCCAACAUUAUGUACUUUGUCAGAACUGUGCGUCUGGUAAAACAGAAUGUCCUUACUGUAAGAUGAAAAUAUUGAAGUGGUGAUGUACAGCUAUCCAAGGUACUAUUUAAUGAUUUAGCCCUUUGAAGAACUACUAAUACAUAUUAUUAUUAUUAUUAUUAUUAUUAUGCUUACAGUUUCUAAAUAGCAUUUGUUUGUGUGUUUCAGUAUUUCAUAUAGUGAUUCUAUUGAUUCGUUUUAUUAGAAUCUAAUAAGUGGUGUUUGACUGAUACAAAUCAAGUACUUAAAUGCAAUACCUGUUUUGUACACACUAGGUUAUCCAUUUUCAUAAAGCAUUUAACUAUUUCCCUUGGUUAUUGCUUUUGGCAUUUAUAGUCAGUUGGCCCUGAUUUGACUGUUAGCAACAAAAUCAUCGGCCCAACGCCAUUAUUUCUACUAGCUGUGUGAAGAGGAUUCGUUUCUUGUUAAGCACUUUGUUGACUUGGAAAUUUGUCUGAGGGUAUUUUUUUUUCUUUUAGAAAUUUUGCUUUAAGCUGCUUUGCAGUUUUUUUGUUUUUCUUAGAUUUAUAUUUUCCCAAAUAUGCUAAACUAUGAAGCUUUUGUGUGUACUGUGAAACAUAAUAGAAUAUUUCAUUUUUCUUACCGUUAAAUCAUGGCAUAGUGUAUAUAUCUUGUUAGUUUUCAUAUAAAAUAGUACUAAAUAGUAGUUAAUACUUUCAUUGUUACUUAAAUUUUUCAAUCAAAUAAGUGCAAAAUUGAAUGCAUUUUAGGCAUAACCAGCAGCUGUAAUAUCAGUAAGGCACAUACUGUAUGCUAAGGCAUUUAGUAAAUGGAUUUCUCCAUCUUAUAGUGACUAUUUAGAUACAUUAUGUAGUUGUUAGAUGAGCACAUGUGUUCUGAAGUCC